AUGUGGGAGCCGCAGGCUUUGCAUGGCGAAGGGGAUGUCUUUUCCUCAGGUGGCAAAGGCCAUGUCGACAAACGACACACCAUCAUAGUGGUUAUCGGGACGUAUCGUGAGACUGUGAGGAUUCAUCCUUCGGCGCGGAUUCGCCCUGCUGCGCAGCCUCACCCUGAGGAGAGACUUCGCGGCGUGGUGAGGCUUCCCGACCAGUAA